CUGUCACUACGGGAAGCAGUGGCCCAGUUAGGAUUCUGAAGUAAAAAAGAAAGCAUGUCUUCAGUGUGGUCUGAAUAUACAAUUGGUGGGGUGAAGAUUAAUUUUCCAUGUAGAGCAUAUCCAUCACAGCUUGCUAUGAUGAAUUCUAUUGUCAGAGGAUUAAACAGUAAACAGCACUGUUUGUUGGAGAGCCCCACAGGAAGUGGGAAAAGCUUAGCUUUACUUUGUUCUGCUUUAGCAUGGCAACAGUCUCUUUGUGAGAAACCAGUGGAUGAAGGCUCAAGUAAAAAAGCUGAAGUACCAUUGUCUUGUUGUUGUACAUGCCAUUCAAAGAAUAUUUUAAACAAUGAUGUGGACCAAGAAACUUCACAUCAUUUCAACACCCCGAGUACAUCAACAUCUGAAAAAAAUGGCACAUCAACUCAUCAAGACUCACCUAAAAGAACUUCACUAUCUGCAAAGCUGUCUGCCAAGAAGCAAGCUUCUGAUUGUAAGGAUGAAAAUGAUGAUUUUCAAGUAGAGAAGAAAAGAAUUCGACCCUUAGAAACCACACAGCAGAUUAGAAAGCGUCGCUCUAAUAAAAAAGAGGAUAUAAAAGUUGCUUCAGGGAAGCCCAUGAAACCCAGCUCUCCAUUACGAAAGACGAACUCCUUUUCUCCACAGAACCCUUCUGGUCACUGUUCUAGCUGCUGUUGUUCUACUAAACAAGGAAACAAUCAAGAUUCUUCAGAUACCCUUAAGAAGGAUCAUGGGGGGAAAUUCAAGAGACCCAAAAUAUAUUUUGGGACUCGCACACACAAGCAGAUUGCUCAGAUUACUAGGGAGCUCCGGAAGACAGCGUACUCAGGGGUCCCCAUGACUAUUCUUUCCAGCAGAGAUCAUUCUUGUAUUCAUCCUGAAGUAGUAGGUAACUUUAACAGAAAUGAAAAGUGUAUGGAGUUGCUGGAUGGAAAAAAUGGCAAAUCCUGUUAUCUUUAUCAUGGUGUUCAUAAAAUUAGUGAUCAGCACACACUGCAGACUUUCCAUGGGAUGUGCAAGGCAUGGGAUAUAGAAGAACUCAUCAGCUUGGGGAAAAAAUUAAAAGCAUGCCCAUAUUACACAGCACGAGAACUAAUAGAAACUGCUGACAUAAUUUUUUGUCCCUACAACUAUCUUCUUGAUGCACAAAUAAGGGAAACUAUGGAUAUCAAUCUGAAAGAACAGGUUGUCAUUUUAGAUGAAGCCCAUAACAUUGAGGAUUGUGCUCGGGAAUCAGCAAGUUUCACUAUAACAGAAGUUCAGCUUCGGUUUGCUCGAGAUGAACUGGACAGUAUGGUCAACAAUAAUAUAAGGAAAAAAGACCAUGGACCCUUGCGAGCUGUGUGCUAUAGCCUCAUUAAUUGGUUAGAAACAAAUUCUGAACAUCUUGUGGAAAGGGAUUAUGAGUCAUCCUGUAAAAUAUGGAGUGGAAGUGAAAUGCUCUUAAAUUUACACAAAAUGGGCAUCACCACUGCUACCUUUCCCAUUUUGCAGGGACAUUUUUCUGCUGUACUUCAAAAAGAAGAAAAAGGCUUUUCAAUUUAUGGUAAAGAAGAGUCAAGAGAAAUCCCUAUUAUUAGCGCUUCUACUCAGAUAAUGCUCAAAGGACUCUUUAUGGUGCUUGAUUAUCUCUUUAGGCAAAAUAGUAGAUUUGCAGAUGAUUAUAAAGUUGCUAUUCAACAAACUUACUCUUGGACAAAUAAGAGCGAUUUCUCAGAUAAAAAUGGGCUUAUUGUUGUACCAAAAAAUAAGAAACGUUCACGACAGAAAACUGCAGUUCAUGUGCUUAACUUCUGGUGCUUAAAUCCAGCCGUGGCCUUUUCAGAUAUUAAUGGAAAAGUUCGGACAAUUGUUUUGACAUCUGGCACAUUGUCACCAAUGAAAUCCUUCUCUUCAGAACUUGGUGUUACAUUUGCUAUCCAACUGGAAGCCAAUCAUGUCAUUAAUAACUCACAGGUUUGGGUUGGCACGAUUGGAACAGGCCCCAAAGGUCGGAAUCUCUGUGCUACCUUCCAGCACACGGAAACAUUUGAGUUCCAAGAUGAAGUGGGAGCACUUUUGUUAUCUGUGUGCCAGACUGUGAGCCAAGGAAUUUUGUGUUUCUUGCCAUCUUACAAGUUGUUAGAAAAGUUAAAAGAACGUUGGCUCUAUACCGGUUUGUGGAAUAAUUUGGAGUUGGUGAAGACAGUCAUUGUAGAACCACAGGGAGGAGAAAAAACCGAUUUUGAUGAAUUACUACAGGUAUAUUAUGAUGCAAUCAAGUUCAAAGGAGAGAAAGAUGGAGCCCUCUUGGUAGCAGUUUGUCGUGGUAAAGUGAGUGAAGGUCUGGAUUUCUCAGAUGACAAUGCCCGUGCUGUCAUAACCAUAGGAAUUCCUUUUCCAAAUGUGAAAGAUCUACAGGUUGAACUGAAACGACAAUACAAUGACCAGCAUUCAAAAUUAAGAGGUCUUUUACCUGGCCGUCAGUGGUAUGAAAUUCAAGCAUACAGGGCCUUGAACCAGGCCCUGGGUAGAUGUAUUCGGCACAAAAAUGACUGGGGAGCCCUUAUUCUAGUGGACGACCGCUUCAGAAGUAACCCAAAUCGCUAUAUAUCUGGACUUUCUAAAUGGGUAAGGCAGCAGAUUCAUCACCAUUCAUCCUUUGAAAGUGCACUGGAGUCCUUGGCUGAAUUUUCCAAAAAGCACCAAAAGAUCAUUAAUAUAUCCAAAGAAGACAGAACUUUAAUACAGGAUAAUGACUCUAGUUUUGAAACAGCCUAUGUGAAGGACAAUACCUCACCUUGCUUAUUAGAAGCAGAAGGUCAUCUGUCAUCAGAACAUCCUGAAGAAAAUGAAACAAAAAUGUGUGUCCAAGAAUUACAUUGUCCUAACAUGGGAAAUCCACCUCUACCAAGUGGCAUCUGCUCUAGAGAGGAGAAAAAUGAUCCGGAAUUAGUGGAAGAGUCUGCCCAAUCAGUGAAAGCAAAAAAAAGUGGAAUUUCUCGAUCCACAAGCCCAACCUUCGAUAAAGAAUCAAAAAAGUUUAGAUGGUCUAAUUAUAAUUCUUCAGAACCAUAUUUCACUGGUACUGGUACUACCACACCUCAAGUCAGAUCAUCAGAGGAUUGUGCCUCUAUUUCUUCCCCUUUUGAAACAGAAAAGGGAUGUAAAACUGAUUUAUUGAUCACUGAUAAAUGCAAAUCUGCAGCUCUGACAGAAAACACAUCCUCUGGACCAUGCUCUCAAUCAGAAACCAUUAUCCCAUCAAUAAAGACUCAUACUACUCUUUCUAAAAAUAAUUAUUCUGAUCAGCUGCUCUGCAGUGAAGGAGCCCUGAAUCCUGACAUUGAAUUGCCUCUACUAAAUAAAGAAGACAGUCUUUCUACUUCCAGCAGAUCUUGUGACUCUGAAGCAGAAGAUGAAUCUAUCUAUUUUACACCUGAACUUUAUGAUCCUAUAGCUACAAAUGAAGAAAAAAAUGAACUCCUCAGAACUGACAGUGAUGAUAAAUUGGAUAAUAAUUCAAACUGCAUUUUGGCUGAAGAUCUCUUUGAAAUUAGAAGUAGAAGGAGGGAAUUCAGAGAAUUUAAAGUUGAAGAUUGCAUAAACAUAAAAUCGAAUAGCAUGGUGCACGCAUAAAAGGAAAGUAAAAUCAAUGACAAUGUUAGUAAUAUAUAUAUAUUAAUGGAACUAAAAAAAACCCAUGAGAUGGAUAUGAAAAACUUUAAAGUAAUUGGGCCGAAGAAUAGUAUAGUGGGUGGCCAACUCGGUCAAUCUCUAGUACCCCAUAUGGUCCCCCCCAAACCCGCCAGGAGUGAUCUCUGAGUGCAGAGCCAGGAAUAAGCCCCAACACCAAAAAAACAGAAAUCUUCCAAAAAAGUGUUUUCCCUGGCAUUAAUAUCAAGCUAUAAAAAUGUUAUAAUGUAUAUAUUAAAUGACUAAAAGUGGUAGUUUGUAUAUUAAUAUGUGGUAUAGUUUAUUUUAAAUUUGAGAUAUAUUUUUCACCAUAAUACAUUAUUUUUAGUUUUUUUAAGCGAGCAUUUUUGUAUGUUCUCUGUGGAAUCAAGGAUCAAGAACUCAAGUUUGUGAGGAGUGCACUCUAGCCCUGAUCCACACCCCAGCCUGUCAUUAGA